AUGAUCGCAUCGGCAAGCCUGGAUGACAAAGACGAAAGCGAGAAUGCACAUGCAGUGGAACAGCCAGAAAUCAUUUUGGGUCCUGCGCCCAUCCCAGCAGUGAAUGCGUGGUUCAAGCAGUCUUCGCAGCAGAGGAAGGACAGCAAGGAAGAAGCUGACUUGCAGAAUUCAAAUGCGUCGAAGGAUGGGACAGAAGUACCACUCAUUUGCAAAACUACUGAAGCCGAUAGAGGCAGUGAGUUGAAGGACCGUUCCUUGCAGUUUUUGUUUGACCUGGGAAAUUUCUUUGACCUUAAAAAUAAUCGCUGUGGAGAAGCGAUAGCCUUUCAGAUUGAGGCGAAUAGCGUGAAUAUAACGAAGACACUCUGCCAUCCCAUCAAAAAAAAAGAUAACUUUUCAGAGAGGAAGGACAGCAAGGAAGAAACUGACUUGCAGAAUUCAAAUGCGUCGAAGGAUGGGACAGAAAUAGCACUCAUUUGCAAAACUGCUGAAGCUGAUAGAGGCAAUGAGUUGAAGGACCGUUCCGUGCAGUUUUUGUUUGACCUGAAAAAUUUCUUUGACCUUAAAAAUAAUCACUGUGGAGAAGCGAUAGCCGUUCAGAUUGAGGCAAAUAGCGUGAAGUAUGUCGGUACUGUCCUCGGCACGGAGGGAAUUAACCUUUUCGAAUUGACUCAGCUGGCACCAGAAAUGCCGAGUUCCACAGAUCCAGCGAAGACACCGGCACCUGCACAGAAGCAUGAAGAGACGGGGAGCGACAAAAAAGUAGCAGAUGUUGAUGGAAACGCGUGGCCGUCGUUAAUUGAAGCUCUGGGCGAUGAACAGAAGCAGGAAAGUACUCCAGUUAUUGCAAAUCCAAAAGGAGUAGCAGCAGCAGCAUCAGCUAGUGAUGAUUCAGGAAAAGUCGUGGAAGAAGCCUCUGAAGCAGCUCAGCUGGCACCAGAAAUGCCGAGUUCCACAGAUCCAGCGAAGGCAACGGCACCUGCACAGAAGCAUGAAGAGACGAGGAGCGACACAAAAGUAUGUAUGAGUCGCUAA